UUUAGUUCCCGGCAAGCCUUGUGUGGCGCAAGAUGGCGGCGUCCAGGUAGAAGUUUGGGAGAGGCCGGAUCGGUAUGGCUUUAGCAUCCGGGCCCGCGUUGCGGGUGCUGGUUAGCCCCGGGCGUCUCGGCCUUGGAGGCUGCGGCGUCCCGAGACGCAGGGCAUACGAAUGGGGUGUGCGUUCCACGCGGAAGCCCGAGCCUCCUCCCCUGCCCAGGGUGUACGAGAUCCCGGGAUUGGAGCCCAUCACCUACGAAGGGAAGAUGCAUUUCAUGCCGGGGCUGGCGCGGCCGGUCUUCCCGCCCUGGGAUCCCGACUGGACGCACCCAAAGUUCCGCCGUACUCCCCCGAUCCACGAGCAGCCUCUGUACAAGGAUCAGGCCUGCUACAUCUUCCAUCAGCGCUGCCGCCUCCUCGAGGGUGUAAAGCAGGCCCUCUGGCUUACGAAGGCCAAGUUAAUAGAAGGCCUCCCUGAGAAAGUGCUCAGCCUGGUUGAUGAUCCAAGGAACCACAUAGAGAACCAAGAUGAGCGUGUUCUGAAUGUGAUCUUUCAUGCCCGUCUCUGGCACUCCACUGAAGACAUCCCCAAGAGAGAGACCUACUGCCCAGUCAUUGUGGACAGUCUGAUACAACUGUGCAGAUCCCAGACUCUCAAGUAUCCUUCUCUGACCAGGCGGAUCUCUGCCAAAAACUAUGCAUUUUCUACCACUUGGAGUCGAGAGUCACUUCUCCUUCAGGUCCGUGGUUCUGGUGGAACCCGAUUAAGUGCCAAGGAUCCCCUGCCCCCCAUUGCCUCCAGAGAUGAAGUUGAGGCUACUAAGGAUCAUGUUCUUGAGACCUUCUAUCCCAUAUCUCCCACUAUUGAUCUUCAGGAAUGCAAUGUUUAUGAUGUGAAAGAUGACACAGGAUUCCAGGAAGGGUAUCCUUACCCCUAUCCCCACACCAUGUAUUUCCUGGAGACAGCCGAUACAAAGCCAUGUCGCUUUCAACCAGAUGAGCUGCGUGCCAAGAUGAUCCUCUUUGCUUUUGGCAAUGCCCUGGCUCAGGCCCGACAUAUCUAUGGGAAUGACCCUAAGGUUUUGGAGCAGCCAAUAGUGGUACAGAGUGUGGGCACAGAUGGACGUGUCUUCCAGUUCCUGGUGUUACAGCUGAAUACCACAGAUCUGGCCUCGAACGAGGGCAUCAAGAAUCUGGUCUGGGUGGACUCGGACCAGCUCCUCUAUCAGCAUUUUUGGUGUCGCCCAGUGAUCAAAAGGAAGGUGGUUGUGGAACCUGUUGGGCCAACUGGUUUCCAGCCAGAGACGUUCAAGAAGUUUUUAGCUAUGUAUUUGCAUGGUGCUGUGUGAGCAGAGGACCAUUCUGAGGCCUGAAGAUCCUGCAUCCUGGGCAGUGCCUGGGACGUGCCAGGAGCCUCAGUUCACAUUUAGCCAGGUGGCCUCACUGAAAAUAAAGAGCUCUUCAAGUGCAGUGGA